CAAUCUCACCCCUGAAAUAUCAAUUUCUCCAAUUUCGCAUAUUUCCAGUUUUCCACCCCAUAGCCACCUUCCCAGCUCUUCCAGCUGUUCCUUCUGAAAACCCCCACUCUCCAGUCUCCCUUCAAAGAGGUUUUAAAACUAACCUUUCGAGAUUUCCUAUCUUCUAUGGACAACUUUUCUGUACUAUGCUGUCCCGGGAUAUAUCAGGGAUAGAAAGAGAGAGAGAGAGAGACAUGUUUUGUCUAUUUUACUUACUGGGAUGAUGCUUCACCCCUUCGUUCAUGUUUCCAUUUCGUAAUCAGUCUAUGAAAUUCGUCAAAGAUGUAGUAGGUGGAAGACUCGUGGGAGAAAAAAGCCAACAACUUGGUCUGUUUGCUAGCGAUUUUAAAAAAUGUUCAAGCUUGAAAGAGCUGGAAUCUCUAUAUGCUUUCAUGAUCAAGACAAAUGCAACGCAAGAUUGUUUCCUGAUGAAUCAAUUUAUCACUGCAUCUUCAAGCAUUCGUUGUACAGAAUGGGUAAUUGCUGCCUUUGACCAGUUAAAAGAUCCCAAUACAUUUGUUUACAAUGCAGUAAUAGGAGCCUUUCUCCGUUGUUUCCAUCCACUCCGAGCUUUAGAAAUGUAUGUAGACAUGUUGAAAACUGAAGUCAGACCAACUAGUUUCACGUUUUCAUCAAUAAUAAAGAGCUGCACAUGUUUGAAGGCUGUAGAUUUUGGAGAUUCUAUCCAUGGACAGGUUUGGAAGUGUGGAUUUGAAACUCAUCUUCAUGUUCAGACUGCUAUUAUUGAUUAUUAUUCAAAUUUUGGUAAAGUUGUUGAAGCAAGACUAGUAUUUGAUAAGAUGCCUGAGAGAGAUGGUUUUGCCUGGACAACAAUGGUUUCAGCUCAUGUCCGUUUUGGGGAUUUGAGUUCUGCUAGGAAGUUGUUUGAUGAGAUGCCCGAGAAAAAUACUGCAUCUUGGAAUACUAUGCUGAAUGGUUUUGCAAGGAUUGGUGAUGUUGAGUCUGCUAAGCAGUUGUUCAUUGGAAUACCGCAAAAAGAUUUAAUUUCAUGGACAACCAUGAUCAACUGCUACUCUCAAAACAAGCACUACAAAGAAGCACUAGAGAUUUUCAACGAGAUGAAGGAUAAUGGGAUCAGUCCUGACGAAGUGACCAUGUCAACAAUCAUUUCUUCUUGUGCUCAUCUUGGUUGGCUAGACCAAGGAAAGGAGAUACAUAUGUAUGUUCUGCAAAGUGGAUUGUAUCUUGAUGUUUACAUUGGUUCAUCACUGAUUGAUAUGUAUGCAAAGUGUGGUGCCGUAGAGAGAUCCCUUGUGGUAUUCUUCAAAUUGUCCGAGAAAAACCUUUUCUGUUGGAAUUCUGUGGUUGAAGGGCUUGCAGCUCAUGGUUGUGCCAAAGAAGCUUUGGUGAUAUUUCAUAUGAUGGAGAAGGAGAAGAUAAAGCCAAAUGGCAUUACCUUUCUUAGUGUUCUUGCAGCAUGUACUCAUGCUGGACUGGUUGAAGAGGGCAAAAGCAGAUUUCUUCAAAUGACUCGUGACCUUCUCAUCCCUCCUGAAAUUAAGCAUUACGGAUGCGUGGUUGAUCUGUUAAGCAAGGCUGGUUUACUUGAUGAAGCAUUGGAACUGAUAAGAAGAAUGAAUAUUGAACCAAACUCUGUCAUAUGGGGUUCUUUACUUUGUGGGUGUAAGCUUCACAAGAACUUGGAGAUUGCUCAGAUGGCUGUUGAUAAGUUAAUGCUUCUGGAGCCAAAGAAUAGUGGAUACUAUAACCUUUUAGUGAACAUGUAUGCUGAAGCAAAUCGAUGGAGUGAGGUUGCUAGAAUCAGGGCAAACAUGAAGAACCUUGGAGUAGAAAAGAGAUAUCCUGGAUCCAGUUGGAUUGAAGUGGAGAAGAACAUAUUUCAGUUUGCUUCUUGUGACAAUUGUCAUCCAGCAUCUGAAGAAAUUUACCUGCUACUGGAUGAAUUGGUUGGGCAACUUAAGCUGACUGGUUGCGGACCUGAGUUUGAAUUUAUUUUGUGAUGGCUUCUGGUAGACCAGAGCUGAUGGUUGUCUGCUGGCAAAGUAACUGUGGAGAGCCAUCCUGACCUUUCUCUGAGAUCUUUUUUCUUGAUUGGUUGUUUAGGCAUUUCUUAAUCCGUAGAACUUUGUGACUCCUGCAUCAGUUAAAAUGUCUAUCCAGAGACUUAGGAAACUAUUUUGGAAGGGCGUUCAGCAAAUUAUGCUGAAGUGAUGUACUAUUUACCCGACCUUCAGAAAUAUAAGGUGAUGCAGCUUUAACUCAUGUUAUCUUUCCAUUUGGGCAAUGAAUCCCUUUGGAUAUGGAGAACGUGCGAUGCUAGGUACAAGUAUGCUUUUACCCUGAUCUGAUAGAGUGGAGAAAUGGGCUGAGGUGAUGCAAGUUUGUUACUUCCCAAGAAGAGAAUGUGUGCUAUGACUAUAAGCUUACCAGGACUGGUUAGUCAGAUGCGCUGCAUCAAAUCUCUGUUCCUUAAGUUUUUAUCCCAGACAGACUGCUUGUGGUUAAAUGACCAUGAACUGUUUCCAACUAUGACAUUCCUUACUUGUGUUGCUUUAUUAUACAUGUCAUUUUUGAAUUACGCGUAUAAGCAUCUUCAGUUUUACCUUCUACACCGUUUUCCAACUAUCAGAUUUGAUGUGUUGCAUUCUUUUCUUCUUUUGCUUUCCAUUUCGUGAUACUUGUCCUCGUUGGAAACAGGUAUGGUAAGUGGAUGCCUUCUUGAAGGAGGUCGUGGAAAUGUCUUUCAGUUGUAAUGGCACUUCAGCAAGAAAAUCUCAGCUUCAUGGAAACGCAUCUGAGGUUGCUAAUGGGGCAUUAGAUGGCAUCUAGUUCAACAGCAAUAUUCAAUUGUGUCGAAACCAUAUGUUACCUUUCGUGUAUUGAUCGUACCUUGUACCCCUGAUUGACUUAAUUAUAACAUUGCUACUGCCUUCUGUAAUUGCUGAGGGUAGCCAUAGGUGUUACACUCCCUCAGGUUGACUCGAUGCUUGGGAUAGAGCUGGAUACAGGUCUUAAGAACGACUACAAUGUGUCCAGAAUACAGUGAGGUUUGUGUUUGAUUUUGAUGCGGCGACUAGCACAUCUUAACUUACUCAGAGGAAGUUUCUUCUAUAG